GGGUUUUAUUUGGUUUCUGAUUAAAUGCAACGAAAAUGGAGAAUUGGGUCAUUGGGACUUGUUAUUUUAUGGCCAAAAGGGUGCAAAGAAGCAUCAAACUUGGGGGUUUUUAUGUUUCUGUUGAAACUUGAUAUAGAUUUUACUUUGUUUCUGAUUAAUUGGAAAGAAAAUGGAAAUUUGGGUCAUUGAAGCAUUGUUGUUUUGCGGCCAAAAGCGGCAAAAAAAUGCUUUAAAAUUAGCUUCUGCUGGUGAUGCUUUGAGGAGGAAAUUUUGAGAAAUUUAGUACAAUUUAAAUUGAAUCCAGUUUUGAUUCUAGAAUUGUUGUUUUUAGUGAGUCAAAAUGAGCGUUGUAGGUUUUGAUAUUGGAAAUGAGAAAUGUGUAAUUGCUGCUGUAAAGCAAAGAGGUGUAGAUGUGUUGUUGAAUGAUGAAUCGAAACGUGAAACGCCGGCUUUGGUAUGCUUCGGAGAGAAACAGAGGUUCCUCGGCUCUGCUGCGGCGGCUUCUGCCAUGAUGCAUCCAAAAACUACUGUAUCGCAAGUGAAAAGGUUGAUUGGUAGGAAGUUUCAAGACCCUGAUGUUCAAAAUGAGUUAAGAAUGUUACCAUUUGAAACUUCAGAGGGUCAAGAUGGUGGCAUUUUGAUUCACUUGAAGUAUUUAGGGGAAACACAUCGAUUUACGCCUGUGCAAAUUAUGGCCAUGCUGUUUGCGCAUUUGAAAUAUAUGACGGAGACGAAUUUGGGACUUCCUGUUUUGGAUUGUGUUAUUGGUAUUCCUUCAUACUUCACUGACUUGCAAAGACGUGCAUAUUUGGAUGCUGCUAAGAUUGCCGGGUUGAAACCUCUUAGAUUAAUGCAUGACUGUACUGCGACCGCACUUGGUUAUGGGAUUUACAAAACGGAUUUCUCCAAUGCUGGUCCGACGAAUGUUGCUUUUGUGGAUAUCGGCCAUUGUGAUACCCAGGUCUCGAUUGUAUCAUUUGAGGCUGGACAAAUGAGGAUACUAUCACAUGCUUUCGAUAACAGCCUUGGCGGAAGGGAUUUUGAUGAGAUUUUGUUUGGAUAUUUUGCAGCUUGUUUCAAGGAGCAGUAUAAUAUAGAUGUGUACUCUAAUGUCCGGGCUUCUAUCAGGUUAAGGGCAGCGUGUGAGAAACUGAAGAAGGUUUUGAGUGCUAAUGCGGAGGCGCCUUUAAAUAUCGAGUGUUUGAUGGAUGAAAAGGAUGUCAAAGGUUUCAUUAAGAGGGAAGAAUUUGAGAAGUUGGCUUCCGGGUUGUUGGAGAGGAUUAACAUUCCUUGUACUAAAGCUAUAACCGAUGCAGGGUUAACUGUGGGGAAAAUCCUUGCUGUCGAACUUGUCGGAUCGGGGUCCAGGAUACCGGCUAUAACAAGACAGUUAGCUUCUUUUUUUAGGAGAGAACCCAGUCGGACAAUAAAUGCAAGUGAGUGUGUUGCACGAGGAUGUGCUCUUCAAUGCGCAAUGCUCAGUCCAAUUUUUCGGGUUAGAGAUUACGAGGUUCAAGAUUGUAUUCCAUUCUCCAUAGGGUUCUCUUUGGAUAAAACCCCAAUCUUGCAAGGGUCUAAUUAUGUGUUGUUUCCGAGAGGCCAGCCAAUUCCUAGUGCUAUAGUUCUACAAUUACAGAGAAGUAGUUUGUUUCAUUUGGAACCCUUCUAUGCUAAUCCAAACGAACUGCCUUCUGGUGUACCCUCGGAAAUAAGUUGUUUCACAAUCGGCCCUUUCCAAGCCUCCAAUAGUGAAAGGGCAAGGGUUAAAGUCAAAGUUCAACUAAACCUUCAUGGCAUUGUUAAUGUCGAGUCAGCUAUGCUGAUCGAAGAGCAUGUAGAUGAUUCCGAAUUGAGCACAAAGGAAGUCCGGCAUGUAACAAAUGGCAGUGAAGAUGGUACAUAUAUGCAGCCUAAACCAUCAAAUGCUUCAGCUGAUGGUAAGACCAAUGAUAAAACAAUGAGAAGGCUUGAGAUACCAGUUAGUGAAAACAUAAAUGGCACGAUGACAGGGGUUGAGCUUAUGGAAGCUCAAGAUAAAGAACUUAAGUUGGCGCAACAGGACCGGACUAUGGAACAAACAAAAGAGAAGAAGAAUGCCUUGGAAUCUUAUGUCUAUGAAAUGCGGAAUAAGCUUUUCAACAUAUAUCGUGGUUUUGCAUCUGAUGAGGAAAGAGAGGGCAUUUCCAAAAGCCUGCAAGAGACCGAGGAGUGGCUUUACGAUGAUGGGGAGGAUGAAACCGAAGGCGCUUACACUUCUAAAUUAGAGGCUCUUAAGAAGUUGGUGGAUCCAGUCGAGAACCGGUUUAAAGAUGAAGAAGCAAGAACACAGGCUUCGACAGAUCUAUUUAAGUGCAUCGCGGAUAUAAGAAUGUCAACGAAAUCUUUGCCAAAUGAGGAUAGAGAAUCGAUAUUGAAUGAGUGCAACAAGGCUGAGCAGUGGUUGACCGAGAAAACUAAACAACAACACUCUUUACCGAAGAACAUUGACCCACUGUUAUGGUCAAGUGAGAUUAAGAAAAUGACUGAGGAUCUAAACAUGAAAUGUAUGCAUAUAAUGUCGCGGAAGGCUUCUCAUCGGAAUCUAGACAACAAGGGCCGGGACCAGCGAGGAUAAAGAUUAAAGGUGUACGAAGCAUCAACAAGUUUACAGUUUCACACAUCACACUUAGGGUAAGCAAACUGAUCAUAGACAAGACCUCAUCCAAAUAUACAAUUGGCUUUUGAGACAGUUCAAACUCAUUUACAAAUGUUUAUUAUAAUUUAAUGGAGUUUUCCAUUACAAUUUCA